CAAUGGGUGAUAGAUCAAGAUGUCGGCACGGUACGAUUCCUUGGUGCAGCUGAUAGCUUCAAUUUACGACAGCCGCGGCCCGGGUGUGUCUCUAUUUGCACUGGGGACGCUGACUGCUGUAAUUCUGGUGGUCACGGGCAGAUUCUUCAGCACAAAACGGGAAGAUGCGAUCCCCUACACGGUCCCAGUGCCUGAGCAGCUGCGUGCUGGGUAUUGGGAGAAACAGACGAUCGAGCGACAGAAUCAGCAGGCAGAUCUAAUCCGCAACGGAAAGAUACACCCUUAUUGUCCAGCCGAUGGUCGCCCUCUAGGUGCCCCUAUUCAACCCGCAUCCUCCAGUACAAUUGACUCUGGCAUAUCUGAAGCAGCUCAAGCUCAGCUAACAUGGACGCUGACGACCUUCUCCCAGCGACGGCGGGUCCUGCGCACGAUACUUCGAUACGUUCUCGACCACCAAGACGAAAUCGUUACCGCGUGUUGCCUUGACAGUGGGAAGACCAAGAUCGAUGCCUGCUUCGGAGAAAUCCUCGUUACGGUUGAGAAAUUACAAUGGACAAUAAAGCAUGGAGAACAAGCACUGCGGCCAUCAAGAAGACCAACCAACCUCUUGAUGUGCUACAAGUCAAAUACUGUCGUUUACGAGCCUCUAGGCGUGGUGGCCGCAUGUGUCAGCUGGAACUAUGCCUUCCACAAUUUCAUAUCGCCCAUCAUAUCCGCUCUGUUUGCAGGCAAUGCCAUCGUCGUCAAGCCAAGUGAGCAGACUUGCUGGAGCGCAAUCUACUUUACAGAUAUUGUUCGAGGAGCACUGGAGGCUUGCGGUCACAGUGGGCGUCUUGUGCAAACAGUAAUAUGCUUGCCAGAUGUUGCUGACCAUCUCACAAGUCACCCUGGCCUAAGCCAUAUCACAUUCAUCGGCAGCAGGGAUAUUGCUCACAAGGUCUGCUCAUCCGCUGCGAACGCACUGACUCCCGUUACAGUGGAAUUGGGCGGUAAAGAUCCUGCUGUUGUGCUGGACGAUCCACAGACGGUCAGAAACAUCGAUGAUGUCCUGUCGAUCCUGAUGCGCGGCGUGUUCCAAUCAGCCGGACAGAAUUGCAUCGGCAUCGAGCGCGUCAUUGCCCUCCCUGGGGUUCAUGACAAGGUUCUGGACGGUGUUCGCCAGAAGAUCUCUCAUCUAAGGCUCGGCUCGGUCCUUCUCGAUAAGCAAACACCAGAUAUGGGUGCCAUGAUCUCCAGUCGAAACUUUUCUACGCUGGAAGAGCUUGUUGCAGAUGCCGUGGGAAGAGGCGCGACACUACACUGCGGCGGAAAAGGAUACGCCCACCCAAACUACCCGGGCGGCCACUACUUUGAACCGACCUUGCUCAGUGGUGUGACCAAAGACAUGCCCAUUGCUCAAAAGGAGCUUUUCGCUCCAGUCUUCCUCCUCAUGUGGGCAAAGAAUCUGGAUGACGCCAUCGACAUGGCCAAUUCGACCGAGUAUGCCUUGGGGGCUGGUGUGUUUGGCCACAACCGGCCAGACGUUGCAAAGUGUAUCAGGGCCAUCAAGGCAGGCAUGGUCGCCGUCAACGACUUUGGCGCGUACUACGCGUGCUCGAUGCCCUUUGGCGGCGUCAAGGGUUCGGGUUACGGACGGUUCGGCGGCGAGGAAGGCCUACGUGCCCUGUGCAACAUCAAAAGCGUAUGCCAGGAUGCUCGGUGGGCGAGGAUGCUGGGCAUCCAGACGAGGAUACCGCCGAAGCUGCAGUACCCCGUCAGCCGGCACGGCUGGGACGCAUGCAAGGGCGUGGUCGGCACGGGGUACUCCCUAGGGUGGGUGGAACAAUUGCAAAGUGUGUUUGACCUGCUGAGGGCACUGUUACGCAAAGAGUAGCAGGGACUAGGAAUCUUUGCGUGUCUCGAAGAGCAAAAAGAAAAGGAAGCAAAGCUUGGUAGGGAGCAAAUGAAUACGACACUAGAGCCAUCGAUUUAUCCAAGCGCUUCAAAUGAACAACGCAGUUCACACUCCAGGUCUCUUCUCUAUCUAUACUCGUACAUGUGUGAACCAGAAUAAUAUCCAGUCAAUGCUCCCCUCUAUGCACACAGGGAGCAGUAGCAUGCCAACAAAAAGAAGUUCAUGUAUUAGCUCACAUUUUGCUUUUCAUGACCACGAGAUGGCCAACAUGAUGGCAGCACCUACAAACAUGGCGCCAAACUGCAGAGCCGUCUUCUUCAACUCUUGGCCCUUGUCGGAGCCCGUCUCCAACAACUCGGGGAUGACGGCGACGGUGCCCACGUACAGGAACGUGCCCGCGGUGAACGGAAGCAACAUGUCUCCCCACUGGAGACUCGUGCCCCAGAUGCCCUUGGUGGCGGCGCCGUUCAAGUCAUUCGUACUGCUGCUGCUGUUUCCACCGUACUCCUGGACGAAGAUGCCGAUGCACGUGCCCAGAAAGGCACCGACGGCCGUCACGAACUGGGCGCCCAUGGCUUUCCUCUUGGAGAAGCCCGACUGGAUGAG